AUGUUCGCAUUCAUCAACAUCGUUUUUCUCCUGGUUAGCUAUCUCGCGAGCGUUGCUCAGGGCUACUCGAUUCCAGGAGGGUAUGAGAGAUGCAUGUUCUACUAUGCCUAUCUGCUUGAUUGCAAGAUCAAUGAUGGCAAACCGACGACAAUCGGAACAGGAUGCGCCAAAGUUUUGGGCACAGGGGGUACACCGUGCAGUAUGAACCAGUUCCUCGAGUUUAUCAUGGACCCUUCGAAACCAGCCAACGUUUUCAGCGGGAAAUAUCCAGAGAUACCGCCGCUGGAGGACACUGCGAAGAAGGUCGUGGACGGAGACUUCGCGGGGCCGGUGACGCCAGGACGAGUCCAUACAGACGGCGGCAAAAGCAAGGACUACGAUAAACUGCUGGCGAAAGUGACCGAUUUUAUAGCACAGAAGCUCCCGAAAGCAGACGAAGAUUUGCGCAAGGAGGCGAAGAAUAGCGUCCUCCGCAUCUUCACGUCGCGCGUGGAGGCAACCAGCAGGACGUUUUUUGAAAAUAACUCAGACAUCGAGCCCAAGUACCAAAAGAAAUCACGGGGCGGCAUCGAAUACCAAACUAUUGACCCGCAGGAAACCCUUCGUGCCAAUCCCAAUCUGACGAGGGCACAGUUGAAAGAAAGAUUUGACGAGAAUGCCAAAGGUGGUCAUAGUAACAACGUUCGCGCCCUUGAUGCUAGCCUCCAGGUGAUCGAAUAUUGCGAUUAG